UUCCUCAACAAGAUUGAGCUAGUCAAUAAAUACACAGCACAUCAUACCUUUCCUCUCUCUUUCUCUGUCUCCGAAACCUUUAAGCCUCCCACCUUUAAUCUUCUUUAUAGUUUGCUGCAUCGGUCCGUCCUUUUUGAUUUUUCCAUCACCUUUAGUUCCGCAACACUUUACAAUGAGUUUCUUGAGGCCAUCUGCAUUGAAUAAUUUCUUUAUAACAUCCGCCACAGUACUAAAAUGGAUGCCAUGCCAGAGCUGGGGGUUUCUUCGAUGGCCUGGUCUUGAUGGGUUGUUAAGGCUUCUUGUUCUGGUGCUUUUGUGGUCUACUUUUUCAGAGCUUCGCUUCAUCCCGUCGUCCUCCAUGUACCCGACUCUUCGUGUUGGUGAUCGUAUCAUCAUUGAAAAGGCCUCAUACUAUCUCAAGGUACCGGCUAUAAAUGAUAUAGUUACAUUCCGAGCUCCGAAACAGCUCGGAAUCACAGGGGAAGAUGUUUUCAUAAAGAGAGUUGUUGCAAAGGCAGGAGACUUUGUUCAGGUUCACCAUGGAUCCCUUUAUGUCAAUGGAAUUGCCCAGACUGAAGACUUCCUAGUCGAGCGACCUGCAUAUACAUCUAAUUUAACUUAUGUGCCUGAAGGUCAUGUUUAUGUGCUGGGUGAUAACCGUAAUAACAGCUACGACUCCCAUGUUUGGGGACCCCUUCCUAUAAAGAACGUCAUUGGAAGAUUUGUUACGCGUUGCUACAGGCCUUCAAACAAGUGACAGCAUGAUGAUUGGAGAUGCAGGAAUCCCCCAUGUCGUGGCAGAUCCUAUGAGCAUAAACUCAUAUCUAGUUUUGUAAUGCCUGGAGCUCCCUGCUGGAUUCCCUUCUCGAAGACAAAUUUAUUAAGUGAAUAUCACAUUAAUUUUGUGUUCUUUAUUCAUUCAUUGCUGUGUUUUCAUGCUUGCAAGUGGUGUACCAGAGGAUGGGUCGUAAUUUCUACUUCGUGUGGAUGCUGUAGAGUAGAACAAGUACUACGACUACAUUCUUUAGAUUUAUUAAACAAUGCAUGAGCUUAUUUCCAGCA